GUCAUUAUGACUGAUAAUGCACGUGUUUUCUGCUUUGAAAAUGUUGCCUUCAGAGAAUGCAUUUUGUUAUUUUUACUUAAAGUUUUUUUUUCUUCUUUUUUUCCAAAUGAAUCCUCUCUGGUUUCCACCAGUAUAGUUCCUACUGCUAUUGCUACUUCAUAUGUUUGAUCCUAAAAUGCUAACUUUAGGUCUGUGGUGUGAAAUAGUGAGAAUAGGUACAGACUACAGUGUGUGGCUUUUUUUCUUUACAGUUUUUUUUCUCUCUGAUCACUGUUCUCUGAAGCAUCAGGACACGGGCAAUAAACCACCACAAGCACCACACGUGGACAGUCGCAACCCUUUAUCCUGCAAACAAGAGGAGCGUGACACAGGGUGCAGAGGGCAUGUCUGUCUCCAACUUAAAUCAACCCUGUUACAAAACAGCAGUGUGGCCUGAGCUCGAUAAUGACCUGAAAUCACUCUCAGUUAGAUCUCUGUCUCUUUAAGAGAAUAAAUAAGAAUACAUCUUUGUGCAAGGGUAUAAGAGUUACAGCCUAGAUGGGGACUAAAUGAUUGAUAACACAGCUUUAAAAACUCUCACCUGCAUUAGAAAUAAAGCACAGCAAUGCUUUACAUAUAUUUAUCCUUGUUGAAUCCUUCAUGUGUUAUUAGCUUUUAAAGGUUGAGGUCUAUGUGACGAAUCAAAUGGGAUCAUUUUGUCUAAAAUAAGGAAGUCCUAGAAAAUGCCAGCGUAGAGGACAUAAAGAUCAAAUUGUUUGGAAAUCACCUAUAUUGGAUGGGCCAUGUUUGCCGCAUGGAUGAUGACUGGCCAAUCAAACCCUGAUAAAUGGGCAGCUGGCUGAAGGGACAAGAAAAGUUGGUCGGCCACUAGUUCGCUAUGAGGCCACCUGCAAGAGUGCUCUUACAGAUUUAAGCUGUAUGGUUAGUACCGGUAAGCAGAACAGGUGAGUUCUGACCCACAACAUCUGUCACACAGUUGACUUAAAAAGGAAGAAAAGUCUUGCAGGAAAGCCUGCAAAGCACCAUAAUCAAAAAUCCUACUAUAAUACCUCAUAAACUAUUGACUACUUGAUUGUCUUACUGUGUCAUGAGUAACAAUGACACUUUUAAGCUGACUGCACCUGCUGAGAAAAACUCAGGUGGGUCUCAUCACUCACUUAAUUCUGCCACACCUUUGGGGAAAAAGUCUUAUCAACAAGGAUCUGAGAGGUUAUCAUUCUUCCCCUCAUAUAAUUUGCGUUACUCUCUGCUGGCUUGGCAAGAGUACGCUGAUGUUAGUACGCUUCUUGGAGAAGCAUGGGAUAAUUUGUCAUGUCUUCAUGGGCAUUAGUACUCGUUGUCCACUGCCUCAACAUUCUUUUUCACUGGAGCUCUCGUCACUGUCCAAACUCAAUUCUGUGGACAGCACAGACGUCCCACGUGAUGUUUUUGCCCAGGUCACGGUCCAGUGGUACUGAGUAGUGUAUAGCCUCCUUUCUGCCAUGCCCCCUCCUUCAUCUCUCCUACUAGCAUUUAUCUCUCUGCAUGGUUUUGGCAGCGAUGUGCUUUUCCCAGCAUUUAGCCAGGAGAGGGAGAGAGGAGGGGAGAGGGAGAGAAAAGGAGGUCCUUUCAAGCGAGGAAUGACGGACGCUUUAUUAAAAGAGGCAGGGCCUUUUGAGAGCCUGGCCCCUCCGUGCUCCCCCCCACCCCUCCACCCCAUGUGUCUGGCCCCAUUGUCACUGGGCGGUGGCAGCAACCCCCCCACCGGGCGCUUUGUCACUGUAAGUCACCUCGCAGACUGAAACGGACCCACUCGGAAAAAACACACCCAUUCGCCACAGUAACUCUGCACUAUUCUGGUAUUCUGCCUGGUCUUAGAAAAAAAUUGAUUGUCUGGCUGUCACAAAACAUACAGGAGACACAGCGAUGGGCGUGACAUGCGGGCAAGCAGGGACAGGAGAAAGGAGGGAUAAAGUUGGGGUGACACAGAGUGUCGGGGUGCAACAAAUGUGAAAGGUGGAGGGGACAGAAGAGGUGGACAGCAGAGCAGAGUGUGAUGGAAGACCGAAAAAGGGCACGAAACGGGUGGGGUACAUGAGAAAAGUAAGGAUAGUUCAAAAAUAUGAGUGGAAAUGGAGCCGAGAAGGAACACGGAUGGAGGCAGGAAAUCCACGGGCAGAGUGUGGGGGUGCCCAUUUGUUUUCGGCUGCGUGUGAAAUGUGUGUCCUUAGAUACAGGCAGCAUUCCUCCAGAGAUAAACCCCUGGGCCCCCCAUCCCCUCAACCCCCACCCUACCCAAUAUCUCCACCCACCAUGCUUACUCAAGUGUGUGUGUCUGGGCGUGUGUAUAUGUGUGUGUGUGAGUGGUUUUCGUGUUUACGUUGGAUGGGGGUCUACGUGCCCUGUACCGCAGCACUUGCAGGGGGCAACAGAAAAGACAGCUGUGUGUUUGAGAGAAACAGAAAACGUAAGAAAGAGAGAGUGGAGGGCCAACAGGCAUGCCAGUCAAGAGCGUCACUUUUGGAGCAGAUGCUGGCAACAGUUUUCUCCGAGCAGCCCGUUCUGGCAACCUGGACAAGGCCUUGGAACACAUCAAAAAUGGCAUUGAUAUAAAUACAGCCAAUCAGAAUGGGCUCAAUGGGCUUCAUCUGGCCUCAAAAGAAGGCCACGUCAAAAUGGUGCUGGAGUUACUCCAUAAUGGGAUCGUACUGGAAACCACCACGAAGAAAGGGAACACGGCCCUGCACAUCGCAGCCCUGGCAGGGCAGGAGCAGGUGGUCCAAGAGCUGGUUAACUAUGGGGCCAAUGUCAACGCUCAGUCGCAGAAGGGUUUCACUCCACUCUACAUGGCUGCACAAGAAAACCAUCUAGAGGUUGUGAAGUUUCUUCUGGAGAACGGAGCCAAUCAGAGCAUUCCAACUGAGGAUGGAUUCACUCCUCUCGCCGUGGCUCUUCAGCAGGGGCAUGAAAAUGUUGUAGCCCUGCUCAUCAACUAUGGCACCAAAGGAAAGGUCCGCCUCCCUGCGCUGCACAUUGCUGCACGUAACGAUGAUACACGCACAGCCGCAGUGCUUCUGCAGAACGACCCCAAUCCUGAUGUGCUAAGCAAGACUGGAUUCACACCCCUCCACAUUGCUGCGCACUAUGAAAACUUGAACGUAGCUCAACUGCUGCUCAAUAGAGGAGCCAAUGUCAACUUCACCCCAAAGAACGGUAUCACCCCUCUGCACAUUGCAUCCAGACGGGGUAACGUGAUCAUGGUCCGACUCCUCCUGGACAGAGGGGCUCAGAUUGAUGCCAAGACCAAGGAUGAGCUGACUCCUCUGCACUGUGCAGCAAGAAAUGGCCAUGUUAGGAUUAUAGAAAUCCUGCUGGACCAUGGAGCCCCCAUUAAUGCAAAGACUAAGAAUGGCCUGUCUCCAAUCCACAUGGCAGCGCAGGGCGACCACAUGGACUGCGUCAAACAGCUUCUACAGUACAACGCAGAGAUUGAUGACAUCACACUGGACCACCUCACCCCUCUGCAUGUGGCGGCACACUGCGGUCACCACCGUAUGGCCAAAGUAUUGCUGGACAAAGGGGCCAAACCCAACUCUCGGGCUCUGAACGGCUUUACCCCUUUGCAUAUUGCUUGUAAAAAGAACCACAUGCGUGUGAUGGAUCUCCUGCUCAAACACUCGGCAUCAUUAGAGGCUGUGACUGAGUCCGGCUUAACCCCUUUGCACGUAGCAUCAUUUAUGGGUCAUCUCAACAUUGUGAAGAUCCUGCUGCAGAAAGGUGCUUCUCCCAGUGCUUCUAAUGUGAAAGUGGAAACACCUCUCCAUAUGGCAUCCCGGGCAGGACACUAUGAGGUGGCAGAGUUUUUAUUGCAGAAUGGAGCCCCAGUGGACGCCAAAGCCAAGGAUGACCAGACACCCCUGCACUGUGCAGCUCGGAUGGGCCACAAGGAGCUAGUGAAGCUUCUGCUGGAGCAAAAGGCCAACCCCAACUCCACCACCACAGCAGGACACACACCUCUGCAUAUCGCUGCCCGGGAAGGUCAUGUGCAAACUGUACGCAUCCUCCUGGACAUGGAGGCUCAACAGACUAAGAUGACCAAGAAAGGCUUCACUCCACUCCAUGUGGCCUCCAAGUAUGGGAAGGUGGACGUAGCAGAGCUGCUUCUGGAAAGAGGAGCCAACCCAAAUGCUGCCGGAAAAAAUGGUCUCACUCCGCUGCACGUUGCUGUACAUCACAACAACCUGGAUGUUGUUAACCUUCUUGUUAGCAAAGGAGGAUCACCACACAGUGCAGCCAGGAAUGGCUACACUGCCCUACAUAUAGCAUCCAAGCAGAACCAGGUGGAGGUGGCCAACAGCCUGCUGCAGUAUGGAGCAUCAGCCAAUGCUGAGUCACUACAGGGUGUCACACCUCUCCACCUGGCCUCACAGGAAGGAAGGCCUGACAUGGUGUCCCUGCUCAUCUCCAAACAGGCCAACGUCAACCUCGGCAACAAGAGUGGGUUAACACCCCUCCACCUGGUGGCACAGGAAGGACACGUUGGAAUCGCUGAUAUCUUGGUGAAGCAGGGCGCGUCAGUCUAUGCCGCAACACGGAUGGGCUACACCCCACUCCAUGUAGCUUGUCACUAUGGCAACAUCAAGAUGGUGAAGUUCCUCCUGCAGCAACAAGCCAACGUGAACAGCAAAACAAGGCUUGGUUACACUCCUCUGCAUCAGGCAGCCCAACAGGGACACACGGAUAUUGUGACACUGUUGCUGAAGCAUGGCGCCCAGCCCAAUGAGACCACUACACAUGGCACGUCAGCUCUGGCUAUCGCGAAGAGGUUAGGCUACAUCUCGGUGAUCGACGUCCUAAAACUUGUCACUGAGGAGACAGUUUCCAUGACGACCACAGAGAAACAUCGCAUGAGUUUCCCAGAGACAGUGGAUGAAAUACUGGAUGUGUCUGAGGAUGAAGGAAUUGCACAGCUAACAUUAGGAGAGGAGCUCUUGGGGACAGAAGGGGCCAGGUACAUGAAGAUGGAUGACAUGAAAGACCAUGAUGACGAUUUCCUCUCCCCCAAGAAAUCACUGGAGUACGAGAGAGGGCUGGGCACAGCAAAUUAUUCGCCAGCCAUUCCACGGAUCCCUCGUGUCUCUCCAGAGCCUGUUAUCCUGAGAGAACAUGAGAUAGAUCAGCAACACACUCCACUUCCACUGCCCAAAGAAUACGACGAGGACUCACUGAUUCCCAGCAGCCCUGCGACUGAGACGUCAGACAAUGUCAGCCCAGUCGCCAGUCCCAUACACACGGGGUUCCUGGUCAGUUUUAUGGUGGAUGCGCGUGGCGGUUCAAUGCGAGGCAGCAGGCAUAAUGGUCUGCGUGUCAUCAUACCUCCGCGGACGUGUGCUGCACCCACCCGCAUUACCUGCCGCCUGGUGAAGCCGCAGAAGCUGACCAGCCCCCCUCCACUGGUGGAGGGAGAGGGGCUGGCCAGCAGAAUCAUUUCCCUGGGUCCUGCAGGGAUGCAGUUUCUGGGACCGGUGAUUGUGGAGAUCCCCCACUUUGCUGCUCUCAGUCGUGGUGACCGGGAGCUCGUAGUGCUGAGGAGCGAGAAUGGCUCGGUCUGGAAAGAACACCGCAACCGUUACGGGGACGAGGUGCUAGAAACAAUCCUCAACGGGAUGGAUGAGGAUUUAGAAAGCCAAGAAGAACUUGGGAAGAAGCGAAUCCGCCGCAUCAUCUCUACCGACUUCCCCCUUUAUUUUGCCGUUGUGUCACGAGUGCAACAAGAAAGUGACCUGAUUGGCCCGGAAGGAGGCUCCCUGACAAGUAAACUAGUGCCGAUGGUCCAGGCCACGUUUCCCGAGACAGCAGUCACCAAACGAGUCCGUCUGGGGCUGCAGGCUCAGCCAGUUCCAGAUGAGCUGGUUGCAAAGCUUCUCGGUAACCAAGCAAACUUUAGCCCCGUAGUCACGGUGGAGCCUCGGAGGCGCAAGUUUCACCGACCAAUCGGCCUACGUAUUCCCCUGCCUCCAUCUUGGAGGGAGAGCCCUCGAGACUCUGGGGAGGGUGAUACUACCAGUCUGCGUCUUCUCUGCUCUGUCAUAGGUGGUACAGCCCCAGCUCAAUGGGAGGACAUUACUGGCACUACUAAGCUUAUCUAUGCUAGUGAAUGUGCCAGUUUCACAACCAAUGUUUCUGCACGAUUCUGGCUCGCAGACUGUCCUCGGACAGCCGAGGCUGUGUCCUUUGCCAACCUGCUGUACAGGGAGCUGUCGGCCGUACCUUACAUGGCCAAGUUUGUGGUGUUUGCAAAAAUGAAUGAGCUACGCGAGGGCCGUUUGCGCUGCUACUGCAUGACUGAUGACAAGAUGGAUAAAACUCUGGAGCAGCAUGAGAACUUCACAGAGGUGGCUCGCAGCAGGGACAUAGAGGUUAUGGAAGGAAUGCCACUUCACCUGGAGUGUUCAGGGAAUCUUGUUCCGGUGAGGAAGGCCACCCAACAGCCUCGCUGCUUUAGCUUCCAGGCCUUCAGAGAUAAUCGACUUCCUGUCUCUGUUAAGGUGAGGGACAGUAGUAAAGAGCCCACUGGAUUUUUGUCUUUCCUUCGCAAAUCCACCAAGUAUGAAGACAGCCAGCAUGUGCUCUGCAACCUCAACAUCGCUAUGCCUCCAUGUAUCAAGAUUGUUGGGAGUGAAGACCGAAGGCGAACUCUCACCCCGCUGGCUUUAAGAGAAAGAUACAGUGCUCUAAAUGAGCCUGCAAUGGCAUCAAUGAGUGCUAUGGAAAGGACAGAGCUGAAGAUGGCUGUAAUUGCAGAACAGUUGGGACUGAGCUGGGCUGAGUUGGCACGUGAGCUUCAGCUGAGUGUGGAUGACAUUAACAAGAUUCGUGUGGAGAAUCCAAACUCACUGCUGGAGCAGAGCUCCGCACUGCUCAACCUGUGGGCCACUCUCGAGGGCAAGAGGGCAAAGAUGGAGAGUUUGUACACAGCUCUGAAGAGCAUCGACCGCAUGGACAUCAUCAACAUGUUGGAGGGCCAGCCACCUCAGCCUGUGAGACAAGGAUCCCGUGAUCUCAACAGACGUCGACACAGCGAGAGAGACCAUCUGUCCCCUGGUAUGACCAAUGGUUAUGGGCUCCCGCAGGAAGAGCUUCUCUCACCAGCUUCCAUGCAGUACAGCCUGCCCUCCCCGCUGGGUGCUGAGCCUUACUGGCAGGAGGUCUCCAGCCUGGACUGUGCACCUAUUGCCACCACAGAAGAAGACACCCUGAUGGAGAUGUCUGAUGUACAGGUGUGGCCCUCAGGCAACAGCCCUUCCUUGGUGGCUGUGGAGGACUCCUCGCUGGAAUGCAGCAAUGCUGACGAUUCGGAGGGUCUGCUGGGGCUGCCGUAUGGAAGUCUAGGUCGGCCGGCCAGUCAGGCCAGCGCAGCCAGCGGAGGGGGUGGGGUGCUGAGUGGCUCCAUUGAGCUGCCCGAAGACGAUUCAGAGAUGGGCGUUGACUCGCUCAGCACCACCACACCAGCUUCGCUCGGGGGUACCAUCGCUGGGAUCAAUCUUAACGGGCUGAACAAUGGUCAGGGGUCAGAGGCGAGUUCAGAGGCAUCAGCCGUCACAAGCACGACUGGUGGUGAUGGAACUGGAGGAGGAGGAGGAGGCGGGAUGGGCUCAGAGGAAGGGCUUUCUCUUGUUGCAGGACAGCAAAGGGUGUAUGCUCGGUUGAGUGAGUCAACUGGUCUGAGCAGUGCUGCAGAUCGGAAUGGAGACAGGUCAGGCAAUGGGGGAAACGGUGGUGGUGGAGGAUCUUUCCUUUCUUACCUGCAGGAGCAGACAGGCCCGGGAUGGAUCCCUGUCACUGACCCUACUCAGGCUUGGGUGGGCAAUCAGUCUAAACCCAGGCAAACCAUGGAAACCAUGAUGUCAUCAGUGCGUAACGCUGUGGAUGGAGACCCUUCCCGAAUGUCCCAGGAGGCCUUGCUUCAGCCUGUGAGGGACAUGGGGCACUCUGAGAUCUUAAGGGGGCACUUCAGAGGUACCCAACCAUUUGAGAAGGGUUUGGGCUUUCCACACAGGGUACCAGAGCUGAGGGCCUGGGAUGAUGUCCGCCUGAAGGGCCAGGGUGAUGAGGUUGAAGAUCUUCCUGGGGAGCAAGUGAGCGAGGAACAUUUCACGGAUGAACAUGGAAACAUUGUCACAAAAAAGAUCGUGCGCAAGGUGGUGCGCAGAGGGAAGGGAUCAGGUGAGGAGGGGUUUCAGGAGGUGAGCGUGGAAGGCUCGCUGCAGGACGCCAACGAGCUGGACGCCGAUGCUGAGCAGUUCAUGAGCUACGCCGUCUUGGGUCGGGACAGCAGCAAGCCCGAUACUGUGGAUGUGAAGAAAGGUGCUCAGAUAGUGAAAUGUGCCAGUCUGCGGAGAGUUAAGCAGUGAGGCAGACUGAGUGCUGCGUCCCCGCAGAGUUCUCCGCAGGAUUCAACCCCUUCACCAAAACCAUCCUACAUGAACACAUGACCAGCAGCAGCUGACGGGAGGAAGACCACACAUCAGAAGGCAAACGGAUGGAAAUGAAGAGAAACCAACUCAAAGACAACCACGGUGGCUAUGGCAACUAUCAGCACGCACCAGAAGAAAAAGGAUACAGAUUUUCUUGUAGUUUUUAUUACUUUUUUUUUUUUUAAAGGAAUGGUGGGGAAAAAAUAUCUACUACUAGGCUAGAAGCAUGAUUUCGUAUAAAACAAAAACCAGACAGACAAAAAAAAUCAAAAACAACACAAAAAAAAAAAGAAACUAGCAACCAAAACGUGCUUCCUGUUAUCUGUAUCAGCAUGAGUGACUGCUGCCGCAUGGCCUGUGUUUAACUACAAAUACCGAGGGAAUGCAGGGGCGGGUUAAAAGGGUGGGGCGGGAUGGGGAGGAGACACCGCUUAAUGGGACGGGCAUGCAAUGUAGGCUACCACCGGCCCAUUUUCUAACCCAGUGGUGAAGAGUUUAACUUAAGAAAAAGAGACACUAAAAUACUGAGAAUUACGUCAUCUCUAGGCAACUGUUACCCCCUCCUCCUCCUCCUCCAUGCUGCACUCAAUCAGCACCACAAACUAGUUUCACACCUGGCCGAGUGGUCUCUAAGUCCAGUAAAGCUACAAUUAUCGCCCCAGGAUAUCAGUGUUGUGUACAUAAUAUUGUAUGCACUAAAAUGCUCUACGUGACUGUGUGUUACGCGUGUUGUUUCUGUUACUAGAUCCCUAUGCGAUGCAACUGAUGCUGCUGUUUCAGGUACAUGAGAAAUUCCUCCCUGUUUUUUUUUU